GGGAAGUGCCGGGUUGUUGCCGGAAGCUGGGAGAGGGAGUCUGUGAUGGCGGCUGUGGCUCUUACCGAGAAGAUGAGGGUGGACAGCGCGGCGGAGGAACAACCCCUCGCGGCGGCGGAGGAGCUGGCCGCCCAGAAGCGCGAGCAGAGACUGCGCAAAUUCCGGGAGUUGCAUCUGAAGCGGAAUGAAGCCCGUAAAUUAAAUCAUCAGGAAGUUGUGGAAGAAGAUAAAAGACUUAAGUUACCUGCAAAUUGGGAAGCCAGAAAAGCUCGUUUGGAGUGGGAACUACAGGAAGAAGAAAAGAAAAAGGAAUGUGCGGCAAGAGGGGAAGACUACGAGAAAGUGAAGCUACUGGCGAUCAGUGCAGAAGAUGCAGAAAGGUGGGAGAGGAAAAAGAAGAGAAAAAACCCCGACCUGGGAUUUUCAGAUUAUGCUGCUGCCCAGUUACGCCAGUACCAUCGGUUGACCAAACAGAUCAAACCCGACAUGGAAGCAUACGAGAGGCAGAGAGAAAAGCAUGGAGAAGAGUUUUUCCCAACAUCCAACAGUCUUCUUCAUGGGACACAUGUGCCUUCCUCACAGGAAGUUGAUAGGAUGGUCACGGAUCUGGAAAAACAAAUUGAAAAACGAGACAAAUAUAGCCGGAGACGACCUUAUAACGACGAUGCAGAUAUCGACUACAUUAAUGAAAGGAAUGCCAAAUUCAACAAGAAGGCAGAAAGAUUCUAUGGGAAAUAUACAGCUGAGAUUAAACAGAAUUUGGAAAGAGGAACAGCCGUCUAAUCUCCUCCAGGAACUGUUUUUAGAAGCUUGAGAAUGGAGUGAAAAUUUCUGCUAGCAAAUUGCAGUUCUAUUCAAAGUUACACCAGUAAACCAGAACUCAUUUUAUGUCUUCCCACUCAGAAUUUUAAAUAAAUGUUUUUUCUUAAGCAUAUAUUUCCAUGUAUAUUUCCAAAUUUUUGUGCUUGGAUAUAAGCUGUAUUUCUUGUAGUGUGCUUGUUUUGUAAUCAUCUACUUUGUAUAAAAUCUAAUUAUAUUAUUUUUCUAUGUA